AUGUCCGCUGUCAAAGACGUCAACUCUCCUCUCCUCACUCAGACGACAAAGGCACCCACUUCGCAAACACCCGCUAUGCCUACAGGACCCAAAUCCCAAGCCCCAGACGCGGCAACCGCGACUAUAGCACCGAAGCCGAUCCAGACAAACCUCACGCCCAUCACUCCACGGAAGGCGGACACGGCACUAUCAUGGGGAGCACCGGCCGGUUUGCCCAUACGCAGCAAUAACGACGAGAACCUCAUUAUCUUCAGGAAAGCAUUGGGGAUCAACUACCACCGCGAGGCGGCCGAAGCGGGCACGCUGGAAGAGGGACGACGUUCUGCUAUCGGAAUUUACCGCUCGGUAAUAGAAGCCCAAACGACCAAGUUCACGCAACAUGCUUUGCUGCAAGCUUUCCUCUAUAUCGUUUACUUUGCGCAAAUCAUCAUCGGCGCGGCUCUGACAGCACUGGGCCCGACGGCCGCGCGAUACGAACUGGCCAUCACCAUCCUCGGCGCGGUCAACACCAUCCUCGCCGGCGUGCUUGCUCUCAUCAAAGGCUCGGGCCAGCCACAGAAGCUCGGGAAAGACCGCAUCGGAUACCGGAGGCUGCAAGACUGGAUCGAAGAGACCGAAUCUCUACUUGCGGUGGGUGUCAUCGGGCGCAAUAGGAAAGAGGUUGGUCUCCUCGUCGAGAGCGCCUUCAAGCGGUACAACGCGGCGAAGGCAAGCGAGGAGAACAACGAUCCGGACUAUUAUGUUACCCAGCCGGUGGAGCCGGUGGGACGUCAUGGGAGCGAAGACUCGGGCAGCGGUGGUAAACGAGUCGGAGAAUCGAAGUGA